GAGGGGGGUAGGGGACGGGCAGGAGGUGUCGCAAAAAAAUAUUAGACUCCUCUAGACGAGGCGAGCCUCUGCAUGGUGUGAUUGAUUCUCCCUUUUUUUUUUUUUUCUUCUCUUCUUUGUAACAUCCAGAGAGUUGGUAGAGAGAAACACAACUGGUAAGCUUUGCUCCUCUGGUGUGGAAGACAGUGAGUGACACACUCACGUCAUACAUGAUCAAGAAAGAGAGAAGAGUUGACUGACCUUGACACCUUCCUGGUUUCUUUCACGAUCACAGAUUGCCCCGCGCAACAUACCCUCUAGUCACCAUGGCCGACUCCCAAAGAACUGCGAUUGUCUCUGUCUAUGACAAGACGGGACUGUUGGACUUGGCCAAGGGCCUUGUCCAGAACAAUGUGCGCAUCCUCGCUUCCGGCGGCACUUCCAAGAUGAUCAGGGAGUCUGGUUUCCCUGUCGAGGACAUCUCUGCCAUCACCAAAGCCCCUGAGAUGCUCGGUGGCCGUGUCAAGACUCUCCACCCCGCCGUUCACGCCGGCAUCCUGGCUCGCAACCUCGGUUCGGACGAGAAGGACCUCGCCGAGCAAAACAUUGACAAGGUCGACUAUGUCAUCUGCAACCUGUACCCCUUCAAGGACACGGUUGCCAAGAUCAAUGUCACCGUUCCCGAGGCGGUCGAGGAGAUCGAUAUCGGCGGUGUUACUCUGAUCCGCGCCGCGGCCAAGAACCACUCUCGCGUCACCAUCCUCAGCGACCCCAAGGACUACGCCGAGUUCCUCAGAGAGAUCGAGGCCGGUGAGGUCAAGGAGGAGACCAGGAAACUCUAUGCCCUCAAGGCCUUCGAGCACACCGCCGACUACGAUGCCGCCAUCUCCGAGUUCUUCCGCAAGCAGUACGCUACCGGCCUCCAGUACCUUCCCCUCCGCUACGGCGCCAACCCUCACCAGAAGCCCGCUUCCGCCUACGUCAAGGAGGGCGAGCUUCCCUUCAAAGUUCUCGGCGGUGCCCCCGGCUACAUCAACCUUCUCGAUGCCCUCAACAGCUGGCCUUUGGUCAAGGAGCUCAAGAAGGCCCUCGGCAAGCCCGCUGCCGCCAGCUUCAAGCACGUCUCUCCCGCCGGUGCUGCCAUCGGCGAGCCCUUGACCGCCGAGGAGCGCAAGGUUUACAUGGUUGACGAUAUCCCCGGCAUUGAGAGCUCCGGUCUCGCUCAGGCUUAUGCCCGCGCCAGAGGUGCCGACCGCAUGAGCAGCUUCGGCGACAUGAUUGCUCUUUCCGACAUUGUCGAUGUCCCCACCGCCAGCAUCAUCUCCAAGGAGGUUUCCGACGGUGUUAUCGCCCCCGGGUACGAGCCCGCUGCUCUUGAGAUCCUCAAGAAGAAGAAGGGAGGCAAGUACCUCGUCCUCCAGAUGGACCCCGAGUUUGAGCCCUCCAAGUCCGAGACCAGAACCGUCUACGGCAUCACCCUCGCCCAGGGCCGCAACGACGUCGAGAUCUCGCCCGAGACCUUCCGCAACAUCAUCACCCCCAAGAACGCCGGGCCUCUUUCCGAGACCGCCCAGCGUGACUUGACUGUCGCCACCAUUGCUCUCAAGUACACUCAGAGCAACUCUGUCUGCUACGCUGCUAGGGGCCAGGUUGUUGGUCUCGGCGCUGGCCAGCAGUCCAGAAUCCACUGCACCCGUCUUGCCGGUGACAAGGCCGACAACUGGUGGCUCCGCUUCCACCCCCGCGUCCUGGGCAUCAAGUGGAAGAAGGGCACCAAGCGCCCUGACAAGAGCAACGCCAUUGACCUGCUCGUCAGUGGUCAGGUCCCUAAGUCCGGCCCUGAGCGUGAGGCCUUUGAGGGCUUCUUCGAGGAGGUCCCUGCCGCCUUCACCGAGGAGGAGAAGACUGAGUGGCUCGGCAAGCUUACCGAUGUUGUUGUCUCCAGCGAUGCUUUCUUCCCCUUCACCGACAAUGUCUACCGCGCCUCCCGAUCGGGCGUCAAGUACAUUGCCGCUCCCCUCGGCAGCCAAAACGACAUUCCCGUGUUCGAGACGGCCGAGAAGCUGGGCAUCACCUUUGUGGAGCAGAACAUUCGUCUGUUCCACCACUAAGAGUGCCAUGAUGACAAUGAAGUAAUAAAAAAAAAGAGAUGAGAAACUCAAUAAUGAACGAUACCCCCGGACAUGCCGUCUGGUUCUGACAUGUGAAAAAUGAAGAAUAAAUAUAAAUGGGUUUAAAGGACACUGGGUGGGUGGGAUUGGGAAGAUGGAUAGGGCUUUUGAUUGUAAAAAAGGGGAGGUUAAAAAGGAAAAGGAGCGAAAGUUCAACACUUUUUUUUCUACAGGUAGAGAGAGUAGAAAUGGUGUGAAUGGAUGAUUAAGGUUAGAAAAGGGGGUGUAUUUCUCGGGGGUUAGUGAUGGAAAUCCAGGUUUGGCCGUUGAGUUGUCCCUCUUUGACAUGUAUAGUUUUUUGAGUUGAGACAAACUUCCUGGCUUGAUGUCCCUAAAUCUGAUUCAAGAAACUACACUCUCACUUCUUUCUUGGGGGUGUUUCAAGCAAG